ACACUAUACUCAUACUAGUGUGUCACCAGGGGCAGACUGACCAUUUAGAAACUUGGGCACUGCCCGAGGGCCUGGGGUCAGUAGGGGGCCCCAUGAGAUGCCCCUGGUACCUUUUUCAUAGGCGUUUUUGAGUUUGGGCAAGGACACAGGGGCCCCAUGAUCCCCUAUUGCCCGGGGGCCCCAUGAGUUGUCAGUCCGCCCCUGGGCGGACUGACCAUUUGGGAACUCGGGCAUCGCCCGAGGGCCCUGUCUCAGUAGGGGGCCCCAUGAGAUGCCCCUGGCACCUUUUCAUAGGCUUUUUUGGGUGUGGUUUGAUUGUGGGCGAGGACACAGGAGCCCCAUGAUCCCCUAUUGCCCGGGGGCCCCAU